CAUCUGGGAAUACUAGUAUGUACUUCCAGUUUUAUGUGCUGCUAAUUCUUAGGAGGACAGGAAACAAACACAGGCGUUAGCAGCCAAAAGCGGUGAAUUUACAGAGAUUUCUAACUGGCUUCAGAUAGCUCCAGGAAUUUGACUAACAAGGCAAACACCAUGAUUUUGAAAGUCUAUACAAGCCUUUUGCUCUUAUUCUUGGUCAAUUCUGUGUGGACUCGAACUGUGAGACAAGUUUAUGAUGAUCUGGAUCCUGGCCACUGGUCUCACUAUACUUCUGAGUGUCCACAGGAGUGCUUUUGUCCUCCUAGUUUCCCCAAUGCAUUAUACUGUGAUAACAAAGGGCUUAAAGAAAUACCUCCAAUUCCAGCCAGAAUUUGGUACCUCUAUCUUCAAAACAAUCAAAUUGAAACCAUUUCAGAGAAGCCUUUUGCGAAUGCCACUCAUCUGAGAUGGAUAAAUCUGAACAAGAAUAAGAUCACAAACAGUGGGAUUGAGAAUGGUGUGCUGAGCAAGCUGAAAAGGCUGCUUUACUUAUUCCUUGAAGAUAAUGAGUUGGAAGAGGUUCCUGCUCCAUUACCAGUGGGUCUGGAACAGCUAAGACUAGCUAGAAACAAAAUCUCUAAAAUCCCAGAAGGAGUCUUCAGCCACUUGGAAAACCUUACUAUGUUAGACCUGCACCAGAACAGUUUGUUGGACAGCGCUCUUCAAAGUGACACCUUCCAAGGACUCAACAACCUCAUGCAGCUCAACAUCGCAAAAAAUUCACUCAAGAAAAUGCCUUUAAGCAUUCCAGCUAAUACACUGCAGCUCUUUUUGGACAACAACUCCAUCGAGGUCAUACCAGAAAACUACUUCAGUGCAAUACCCAAAGUGACUUUCCUUAGGCUGAACUACAAUAAACUAUCUGAUGAUGGUAUCCCUCCAAAUGGGUUUAAUGUUUCAUCUAUUCUAGACCUACAGCUGUCUCACAAUCAGCUCACUAAAAUUCCACCAAUCAAUGCUCAUCUUGAGCACCUUCAUCUUGAUCACAACAAAAUCAAAAGUGUCAAUGGUACUCAGAUGUGCCCAGUUUCCAUUGCCCUAGAAGAAGAUUACGGUUAUUAUGGCAACAUCCCUCGUCUCCGAUACCUUCGUCUGGAUGGAAAUGAAAUUCAGCCUCCAAUCCCACUGGACAUCAUGAUUUGUUUCCGACUACUUCAAGCUGUUGUCAUAUAAAGAUAUUGCAGUGUCACUCUUGUACCGUGAGAGUGCUAAGAUACAAGUUUUGCUGGAAUGAAACUUGUUCUAACCCAAAUCAAGAAGUAACAGCUUUAUUUGACUUUAAUUUUUUUCUUUGCUUGUAUGUUUUCUACAACUGAAAAGGCUGUUCUUUCAGAAGGGAUUUUGUAUGGACCUGAAACAUGUGCUUAACACCUUAUCCUAUAAAUUCAUAACAUGAAUAUAUUGAAAAAUCAUUGGUGUCAGAUCCCAAAUAUUCCAAAGAAAAUCGUGACUUACUCCAUCUUUCUUGUCAAAUGUGACAAUGCCUACCCUGCUAACAUAAUUCCUAUAGACAAGUUAGGUGUCUUCAUUUUGUUAUAUAGUAACUAACACAAUGAAUUUGGGUGCACUUGGCCAAAUACUUAUGCUAAUGAAAUCAUGAGCUGCAUGAUUACUAGUUAUCAAAACUGCCACUGACAUUUCAGAUAGUGACUUGUGGUGAACAACCACUUAACAUGCAAAUAACCCAUAAAUUGCUGUCAUCCUUUGAAGAGUAAUACUUUUAAGGUGAAAAAUACAUGAGGCUUAGCAUCCAAAGCAGCAUGCUGAAUAUAUAUAAUUGUAGGGACUCAUUCAGUGAAUUUCAGAACUGGAAUAAACUGAUCCAACACAAAUCCAGGGAAAAGAGAACAUGAGAUGUAAUCUUGUUCUCUCAAAGUACCAGUUUUCUGCUAUUUUAUUCUAUUUCUAGUCUUGACACCAUUUCUUUCUGCAGCUUUGGAAUCAUCACUGAAUAUCUGGUUAAUUUUAGUUUGCAGAGAGAUACAACCAAGAAUAGGAAUGAUUAUAUAUUUCAUGGACUAGGUACUUCAUAAAAAUUUGAAUGGCUAGUUAAUCCAAUGGUGAUGAAAAGAAAAUUAAGAAAUUCAGAGAUACAUCUCCUCCCAAUUAUUUGCUGAACUAGGAAAGCACUUGCAUAGGGACUAUAUAAUUUAAGCAAAUACAUUCAAUUCAGAGCAAUAUUCAGCUAUCUGCUAACUCACACACAUGCUCACAAUAAUUCUGGAUUUUAGAGAAGUCCAGAUUAUUAGAACACAAUAAAUUAACAAUUCACUAACAAGGGAGAUAUCAAAAGGUAACUUUUAAUGAAAUAUGUCUAAUUUUAUCAAAUCUAGUUGAUUUUUUUUUCUAUUUUAUUAUAUUGGCUUUCAAUAAAUGACUUGAAUAUUAGAGUCAACUAUUCAUUGACAGAGUAUGACUUUCUUAUUUCUGCUAGCCAGCACAACAGACUAUCCAUCAGUCAUUGUUUUAGUCUUCUUGCAUUUCUAGAUGGAAGCAAUUAGUUGCAUCUAUUGUUAAUGUUUUAAGACUGGCCUCAGUAGCAAGCACUUAAAGACUAUGCACAUGGUAUAAUUUUGCUUUGCUGUAUUUUCUUGAAAGUAGAUUUUUGAAAGUGUUGAGAACUGUAAUUUCUGACAAUCAAUACUUUUUAUUGGAAAGUCAGGCCUUAUUCUGAUCCAGAGAACUUGUGGAAAUAACAUAGUAUAGAAACCCAGAAUAGGAAUAACCCACUCAGAAAUCUGAUCAUUAAACCAUUUAGUUUUGCUGUUCUUUUUAUGUCAUUGCUGAGAAACUCCUGCCCUUCUAACAAAAGUAUUUUCUGUACAUCUGUGUUCGCCCUAUAUGAAAAAAUACAGAUUUAAAAAGUCUUUACAAUAUGUAUGCAUGUUUAGUUAUGUUCUUUACUCAAUAAUAGCAUAGUAAUUUAU